AUGCCCAGCAGGACGGCACGCUACGCCCGCUACAGCCCGCGGCACAGGCGCCGGCGGCUGCUGGCCGACCGCAGUGUGCGUUUUCCCAACGACGUCCUGUUCCUGGAUCACAUCCGCCAGGGGGACCUGGAACAGGUGGGGCGUUUCAUUCGUGCCCGGAAGGUCUCCCUGGAUACCAUCUACCCCUCAGGCCUGGCGGCCCUGCAUGAGGCCGUGCUGUCUGGGAACCUGGACUGCGUGAAGCUGCUGGUCAGGCACGGGGCGGACAUCCACCAGCGCGAUGAGACGGGCUGGACGCCCCUGCACAUCGCCUGCAGCGAUGGGUACCCCGAAAUAGCCAGGUACCUCAUCUCCCUGGGGGCCGACAGGGCCGCCGCCAACGACGACGGCGACCUGCCCUCCGACCUCAUCGACCCCGACUUCAAGGACCUGGUGGAGCUCUUCCAAGGGACCAAGAUGGAAUGA